GUAUGAUUCAGAAGGCGACAGCUGCAGGAUACCAGACAUUUAAAUAGGAUCCAAUAGGAUAGGAUACUCUUCUUAAACUCUCUUUUUAGAAAGGACUACCGAGUAGGAAAUAAACUAUUCUGGUGUUGUUCAACUUAAAGCUACUGGUAUAUAAUGAUUCAGAUCUUUCUCUUGUCUGCAUCAGCCUUGUUGGCUCUGUCGUAUGCCGCUCCUUCCGGUUCCUGUACUCUGAAUGGACUGAUUGUGAAAGACGGAGACAUUUUUAACCUGCCAGGAUUCUCUCAGUGUACUAAGUACAAGUGUUUAAAUGGGAAACCAGUCGUUCUCCAGGAAGGCUGUGAGUUUGAAGGCAAAUGUAUUCGAGUCAAAGGGACAUUGGUCAAGGACUGCGUUACGUAUUCUUGUUCAAAGUCGACAGAAAGUGGCAUCAACACAUUUUCGACCACCAUCACUAAAAUACAGUGUAAAGACGUAAAUGGCAUUUGUCGCAGGCCAGGAAGUACAUUUAAAUUUACUAUGAACGGAAGGACCUACGACAAGUGCACUUGUGCCGUUAUAGGCAACUCCUCGAACUACAGCUGUUCUUAAGGAAUUACAGAUGCUUUUUAAAAAAAAAGUACUGUUUAGGGUGUUAUUCAGUUGAUAGUAAAUAAGCCUUACACAUUGAACGGACUGCACUAUCACAAAUCUUUGUGACUUUUUUAUAUGUCUUUGUGACUUUUUUCCAUGUCUGUGUGACUUGUUUCUAUGUAUGUGUGACUUGUUUCUAUGUCUGUGUGACUUGUUUCUAUGUCUGUGUGACUUGUUUCUAUGUAUGUGUGACUUGUUUCUAUGUCUGUGUGACUUGUUUCUAUGUCUGUGUGACUUGUUUCUAUGUCUGUGUGAAUGCCUUUUCGAGGACUAGACUAAAGAAUGGAACAAGCAGAAUAUUAACAAAAUCUUUUUUUUUAAACAAAGUUUAUCUAAAGAGAAAGAACUCGUCCUUACAACUAUAACAAUAAUGUACACGUUAUUUCCCUUUUUCGAUAUCAAACAAAAUAAUUAGUAACAAUAAUAAAUUGACUAAUUGAGUAUUUUUGUUUAUUGAUUCAUGGUUGAUCACGUACAAUAAAUGAUUGUUUAAAUUAUCACCUUGAUCGGAGAAUGCGUGAGGGAGAAAUAUCAUCUACAUCUAUAUAAGGGGACUAAAUCCAACAAAUUUAGCCAAAUCUGUCUGAAGUAUUAGUUUCCCUUGAUGCUAUUAAAAAAAAUAAUGAACCAACA